AUGCAGAACCCACCAGCUUUCGGUUUUGGUACACCAAGUGCGGCACAGAGUGGACAAGCGGGUUUAUUUGGUACAGCUACUCCGGGGGCAACAAAUUUAUUUGCAACUCCAGCAAGUAAUACUACUCCAUCUCUUUUUGGUACCGCAACUACAGCAAAUCCAACUUUUGGAGCAAGUGCAACUCCUGCUUUUGGUGCUACACCAAAUAUAACUCCUAGUUUUGGGGCAACACCAAGUGCUGUUCCAGGUUUCGGGAUCACGCCAAGCGCAGCUUCAACUUUUGGGACUGCACCAAACGCUGCCCCAAGCUUUGGGGCAACACCAAACGCGGCUACAGGCUUUGGAACGACACCAAACACAGCUCCAAGUUUUGGAGCCACACCAAAUACUACUCCAAGCUUUGGAGCCACACCAAAUACGACUCCAAGUUUUGGGGCCACACCAAGCGCUCUUCCAAGUUUUGGCACUACAACUAGUGCAGCUCCUGCUUUUGGAGCCACACCAAUUGGUACUACUAGUUUUGGAGCCACUCUAAGUUCAGCUCCUAGUUUUGGGGUUACAUCGAGUACAGCUCCUAGUUUUGGAGCCACACCAAUUGCAGUCCCUAGUACAGCUUCUAGUUUUGGUAUCACACCAAGCUCAAAUGCUACAGCCACACCUAGUUUUGGAGCUACAACAACUGCAUCAGCAUUUGGUGCAACAACUACAACAACAGCUGGAUUUGGGGUUACCCAACAACCAAAUGUUUCAGGUUUUGGAAUAACGCCAGCUACAAAUUUACCUUUUGGGGCGACAACUACUAGUGCAGUUGCAGGUUUUGGUUUUGGAACUACAACAACCUCUGCCGCUGCUGCAUCAGCAACUAAUACUGGCCUUAGUUUUAAUUUAGGAGCAGGUUUAACUAGUACUCCUACCACUGCUGCCUCCCAGGGUCUAGGUGGUCAGCCAACUGCUCAAACAAAAGUGGUAACAACUCAAAAGGACAUCACCCCUAAAGAUCAACCACUCCCAAAUGAAAUUCUUCAAACAGUAGAAGCAUUUAAAGAACUAGUAAAACAACAAAAGUUGCACAGUUCAGACAUUGCUAGAUGUUCAGUAAGAGACUUCAGAAAAGUUGAGCAAGAUAUUAAUCAGUUGGCUCAACUUUUGGCUGAGGUUGAAAGCCAGUUACAAAAAAAUCGACAGUUAGCUGAAAAGCUAAAAUAUGAAACAGCAAAGUGUUUGAAAGAUGUAGAGAUAGCACAGAGAACACAAGACACUCCACCUGGUUUGCAGUAUGAGAAUACUGCACCACUAAAAUUUUUUCUUCAAUUAGCUGAUAAAUUCGAAAGAGAAAUGCAGGCAUUGAAAGUACAAAUUGAAGGUGCUGACAACUACGUUAAAAAUUACCGGAGCCCCAAUGCCCUAACUCCCCAAGACUUGCAUCUGGGAAUGAGAAGACUACAUGAAUCUUUUGUUGCUUUAGCAGGCAGACUACACUCUGUACAUAAUCAAGUAGAAUCACAAAAGGAAGCUUACUUAAACACUCGAAAACAGCUUUUCAACGAUAAUUCCAAUCCUUUUGAAAAUAUGCUCAAUCCUAUAGAAGUCAAUUUCGAAAGUAUGUUACAUCGUACUCCACCAAAAGUAGCUACUGGACCUACACCGUUUAGCAAUUUGGCAAUAGGUCUGACUCAACCUCUAGGUUCCCAGCAAAAUCAAAGUGGUAUUUCUUAUUCAGCCCCUACUACUACCGCUUCAGGAUUCGCAAAUAUGGGAUUCAGUGCAGGUUUUACAUCUAAACGAUUGCCAGGCUAUGAAAACUUACUAUUUGGUGGUUCGUCUGUAGCUCAAAAUACCAAUAGUUUUCAACUACAGAAGCCCCCUACAGGCAAUAAGAGAGGAAAACAAUAA